AUGGCCGAAACAAACGCUGAGUCGGCACCGAGUGCUCACAAACCUGAUGUUGAUAAGCUAGAAUCAUUUGCUCAUGAUGAGCAUUCCAAGGAUGAAACACCUGAAUUUGCGGAUAUCGAGAUCUCCUACGACAGCAGUGGCAUCAAAGGAAUCCUCAAUUCGCCAUAUGUCUGCGGCACAGCCCUUCUUGCCUCCUUUGGAGGGUUCUCCUUCGGCUAUGACCAAGGUGUGAUUUCUUUGAUCUUGGUCAUGCCACAAUUCGUGGACCAAUACCCCGAAGUUGAUAAGAGUGCUCCAAACUAUGGAUUCAACACCGGCUUUUUGACAGGCAUGUUGGAGCUUGGGGCUUUCAUUGGAUGUCUAUUUUUCCCAUAUAUUGCGGAUAAGAUCUCCCGAAAAUGGGGAAUCAGUGUUGCGACGGGAUUCUUCUGCGUCGGAGCCAUUAUCCAAACCGCCUCGCAAAAUUACGACACCCUUGUUGCUGGACGCUUCAUUGGAGGCAUCGGAGUUGGAACACUGGCCAUGGGUGCGCCAUUGUAUAUUUCCGAAAUUGCACCACCAAAUCUGCGCGGCUCAUUGAUGGUACUAGAAGCCAUCAGUAUUGUCAUCGGGGCGAUUGUCGCGUACUGGAUUACUUACGGGACUAGAGCAAUGAGUGGCGACUGGGCAUUCCGAUUGCCGUUUCUCCUACAAAUUCUUCCAGCCUUGAUGGUGGGCAGUGGAAUCCACUUCUUCCCCUUUUCGCCGCGGUGGCUCGCUCUCGCCGACCGAAAUGAAGAGAGUCUAGAAUGCCUCGCAAAGCUUCGACGCCUCCCUGCAACUGAUGGGACUGUGCAGUUGGAGUGGAGAGGAAUCCUUGCGGAAGAUCGAUUCCAGAAACAAAUCCUAGCGAAGGAACAUCCAAACACGGGCGUUGCGAUGAUGGAGGUAAAACAAUGGCUUGACCUAUUUCGUCCGAGAUACAUUAGGAGAACCUUCGUCGCCAUGGCUAUUCCUUUCUUUCAGCAAUUCUCGGGUAUCAAUGCCUUCGUAUAUUACGCGCCAACAUUCUUCAGCAGUCUAGGACAGGAUUACGAAAUGUCCCUAAUCCUCUCUGGGAUGAUUAACAUUGUUCAAUUCGUCGGUGGCGUCCCAAUAAUUCUCUACAUGGACCAACUCGGCAGGAGAAGACUUGCCAUCUUUGGUGGAAUUGCAAUGGCUAUUCCGCAUAUGAUAAUGGCUGGUAUUAUGAGAAAAUUUAGUUCCAGCUGGGCCACCCACCUUGGUGUUGGCUGGUUUGGAGUGGCAUUAGUCUAUAUUUACGUAUUCGCCUACGCUGCCUCCUACGGGCCCCUUGGAUGGGUUCUGCCAGCCGAGAUCUUUCCGAGUUCCCGACGAGCCAAAGGUGUCGGUCUCGCUACGGCGGUAAAUUGGCUGGCUAAUUUCAUUAUUGGGACGAUUGUUCCGCAGAUGCUUGUUUCUAUUGGCUGGGGCACUUUUUUAUUUUUUGGGCUUUUCUCUGCUGGGGCUGCUAUAUUCUCUUUCCUCUUUGUGCCGGAGACUUCUAAUAGAUCUUUGGAGCAGGUUGCUUCGGUAUUUGGGGAUAACCUUGCGACAGAUGAGCAGGAGCUUCGUGCUCGUAUUGAUCGGGACAUCUGGGAAGAGACAAGCGCUCGUGUUCACGCUCGUGUUCACGCCCGUGUGUGA